CCGGCCCGGCCCCGGCCCCGCCCCUGCGCCGGGCGCGGCCGCGGUGCGGGCGGCCAUGGCCAGCUACAGCCGGGCGGCCCAGCAAUGGGCGACUUUCGCCCGAGCCUGGUACCUGCUGGACGCCAGGAUGCAGCCGCCGGGGAAGGUGGCGGCCGUGGCGGCGGUGAGGCUGGAAGGCCGGCAUAAACCCAUUUACCACGCGCUGAGUGACUGUGGAGAUCACAUUGUCAUAAUAAAUACAAGGCAUAUUGCCUUUUCUGGUAACAAAUGGGAACAGAAAGUAUACUCUUCACAUACUGGAUAUCCCGGUGGUUUCAAACAAGUGACAGCAACUCAGCUCCAUAUGAAGGAUCCAACUGCUAUUGUUAAACUGACUGUUUAUAGAAUGCUUCCAAAAAACCUUCAGAGAAGAACUAUGAUGCAGAGGUUGCACCUGUUCCCAGAUGAUGUUAUCCCAGAAGAUAUACAGAAAAAUCUUGUGGAAGAGCUUCCUCAGCCACGUGCAGUGCCUAAGAGGUUAGAUGAAUAUACGCCAGAAGAAAUUGCUGCCUUUCCAAUGGUUUGGGCUCCACCUAAAGAUUAUCGAAGGAAGUAACAAUAAAAGAAGAAAACUUAUUCUCAGGAAUGUCUGCCCCAUUUGAAGAAGAAUUCUUCUAACUUGGAAGUCUCUGAGUCAUCCCUUCUAUAUGGAAUGUUUUUGACAGGUAUUAGCAAAGUUUGUGGGGAAAGAUUGUAAAAGUUGUCAUAACUAAAACAGCUAAGAAUGGAUAUUGCAUUAUUGAAACACCUGUACUGUAUAUUGUAUGAUCUGGUGUUUGAUAAUUAAAAUUCUUCUCUUAUUAUUAUUACAGAA